AUGUUUGCAAAGACCAUUUCCACCACAGCUUUCCAAAAAACAAUCAACCGUCAAUUCAUCAGAACCAUGGUGAACGCCAAGGCUAUUGUCUACUCGAACUAUGGGAUCCCUUCAGAAGAAAUAAAGGUUCACAAGUACACCAUUGACUCCCCAACUGCAGACGGGGUGGUGUUGAAAACUUUGGCCCAUCCAAUCAAUCCCUCAGACAUUAAUCAAAUCGAAGGGGUUUAUCCAUCUAGACCGCAAUUGGCAGAGAUUUUGGGGUCUGAAAUCCCUAUUGCCGUUGCCGGUAAUGAAGCAUUAUCCAAGGUGGUGGAAGUUGGUCCAGACGUCAAGGAUUUGAAAGUCGGGGACUGGGUCAUUCCUAGUUUCCCAAACUACGGUACUUGGAGAUCACACUGUUCCGGAAAAGAAUCAGAUUACAUCAAAAUCGGUAGCCCUGAAGGCAAUUUGACCAAGAAUGCCGCUGCCUGUUUAUCCGUCAACACUUGUACUGCUUACGAGAUGUUGACCACCAUCACUAAGUUAGAACCUGGUGAUUGGUUCGUGCAAAACGGUGGUACUUCUUCUGUCGGGAGAUUUGCGGUGCAAAUUGCUAAAAUCCUUGGGUAUAACUCUAUCAGCGUCGUCAGGGACCGUCCAAACAUCGAAGAAGUGAAACAGGAAUUACAAGCGCUUGGGGCCACCCACGUCAUUACCGAAGAACAAUGUGGAUCUCGUCAAUUUUUGAAAACCAUUAAGCAAUGGAUCGGCAACGGUCAAGUGAAAUUGGCGUUGAACUGUGUUGGGGGUGAAUCUUCUUCUAAUCUUGCGAGGAAAUUGUCUCCAGAUGGAUUCUUUGUGACUUAUGGGGGUAUGUCCAAGAGGCCGGUUACUUUCCCAACCUCAUUAUUUAUUUUCAAAAAUUUGACUGCCAAGGGUUAUUGGAUCACCAAGAAUAACUUCAAGGACUUGGAUCAAAAGAAGCAUGUGGUUAAGACCGUUUUGGAAUACUUCCGUGACCAAAAGUUGGUUGCGGCAACUGCUGAGGAAACUGAAAUUGACUGGGAAGCUUUAGGUGAUGCGGAAGUUUUGAAAUUCUAUCAAGAUUCCUUGCAAAGAUCAAAGUCUAGGAAACAAUUGAUUGUCUCUAAGGACUGA